AUGGGGGCAUUUUUGGACAAGCCAAAGAUGGAGAAGUUCAAUGCCCACGGAGAAGGAAACGGCCUACGCUACGGCCUGAGCAGCAUGCAGGGCUGGCGGGUAGAGAUGGAGGAUACACACACAGCUGUCAUUGGCCUGCCCCAUGGCCUCAACCCCUGGUCCUUUUUUGCCGUGUAUGACGGCCAUGCUGGCUCUCAGGUGGCCCGCUACUGCUGCGAGCACUUGCUAGAGCACAUCAUCAGCAACCCAGAUUUCAGGGGUGGGGGUGCAGGACCAGGAGGUGGAGAAGAGGAGGGCAGGGUAAUUCUGGACAGGCAUGGACACGAGCCAUCUGUGGAGAGCGUGAAGAGUGGCAUUCGCACUGGCUUCCUGCAUAUUGAUGAGCAGAUGCGAGCCAUCUCGGAGCGUAAGCAUGGUGCGGACCGCAGCGGCUCUACUGCAGUGGGAGUCAUGAUCUCACCUCGCCACAUGUACUUCAUCAAUUGUGGCGACUCGCGGGCCCUUCUCAGCAGGCGAGGUCGGCUCCAUUUCUUUACGCUGGAUCACAAGCCCAGCAAUCCACUGGAAAAGGAGCGCAUCCAGAAUGCCGGUGGCUCUGUCAUGAUUCAACGUGUUAAUGGCUCGCUAGCUGUGUCACGGGCCCUUGGUGACUUUGACUAUAAAUGUGUGCAUGGCAAGGGCCCCACAGAGCAGCUAGUGUCGCCUGAGCCAGAAGUGUAUGAGAUUGAAAGAUCUGAGGCGGAGGACGAGUUUGUUGUGUUGGCGUGUGAUGGCAUCUGGGACGUGAUGGCCAAUGAGGAGCUAUGUGACUUUGUGCGUUUACGUCUAGAGGUGACAGAGGACUUGGAGAGAGUGUGCAAUGAGAUUGUUGACACAUGUUUAUACAAGGUAAGGUCAGCUAGAUAAGAUUUUACAAUGGAGGGGAGAUCUGAAUAGGCUACUUAAGUGUGCUUUGCUGUUGAAUUGGCUACUACAGCAUAUUUCCCAGAUGAACAGAGAUGGAACACUAUGUGCCAGUGUUGUAGUACUCGAGUCCAGGAUUUUCCCAGGAUUUUCAUGACUUCAUGUCACUUGUAUUUGCUCUUGGACUGGAUAGGCUACUAUGAUAAGCAGAAUAUUAGCACCACUGGGUGCAGUGAGGGUUCUGUUCUCUAGCAGUGGGAAGGACCCGACACACACAGCCUACAUCAGCUGGUGAGCUGGGGGCAAGCAAUCAAUGUGUGUUUGCAGACUGGCAGUCUCCGCUCCGCCUUCGAUCAAAGGCUACACAUUACGCAAGCGACUCUUUUGCUUCCCCGAAACCACCAGUCACCAGCCUACUACUAUUUACCUUUGCCUGGUUAAGAAACAUUUUUUUUAACGAAAUUGAAACAAUAGUAUUGAGUUUAAUAGUAAAACAACAGUCUAUUUUUCUCUUUCUCCCCUUGAGUAUAGAAAAGUAGGCUGUCUUUGAAUUUGUUGUCUCGCUCUACCCUCCCAAUUUGGCACCUGCAUCCCAUAGCCAGUUUCUGACAAGUCUCCUGUUAGUUUUCCCUCUGCAUUAAAAAACAUACUCAAAUAUCAGUGGCCGAUUACAAAAAGUAGCUGAUAGCAUGUUAGAAUUAUUGUAAAUAGUAAUCUGGUAAAUGAGACCAUUCAUCCCUUCAAAACAUCAUUACUGAUUUGACAUAACUAUUGAACAUUAUUUUAAAAUAAAAUGUGCGUGAGCCUGUGUAUGAAGGACUUAUUUGUUUUAUAAACUAUUGCAUAUUGCAGGCAAUUAUGACCAUUGGCCAACAGGAGGAAAAUAUUUGCCUUACUUCAAUGCUUUCAUGAAAAUCUUCCUGCCAGCCAGAUACUAGUAAGUUCUGGGCAGAUUUCUUCUACCAAAUCCGAGCCAAAUCAAUAGAGGCGCGAAUCUAGCACCAGACGAGCAUCGAGCCAGUGAGCCGGCAGUAUGAGCGAGCAAUAAAACAACAGUAACCAAAAUACCAAAUAUGUCUAAAGAACCCCAAAUCAUUAGUUUUGCUUUCAAAAGUUUUUCAACAGAUGUCAAAUAUGUAACAGAAAGAAUAGAAGAGACCGGAACCACAUCGAACUUCAAAACUCAGACCCAGUCACUCAGACUUGAGCACUUGGACCAGGACUCGAGCACUGGGACUGGACUUCAGCCAACAGGGACUCUUAACUGGACUCGUGACUGGACUCAUGACUCGACCAUUGGUGACUCGACUUGGACUUGGGACUCGACUCGAGGUUUAGUGACUCAACUACAAAACUGCUAUGUGAUUUGCUGCAGACUGUAUUGUUUUUUAGUAUACUGAACAAAAAUAUAAACGUGACAUGCAACAAUUUCAAAGAUUUGACUGAGUUACAGUUCAUAUAAGGAAAUCAGUCAAUUGAAAUAUAUUCAUUAGGCCCUUAUCUAUGGAUUUCACAUGACUGGGAAUACAGAUAUGCAUCUGUUGGUCACAGAUACCUUAAAAAAUUAAAUUGUCCUCACAAUGGGCCUCAGGAUCUCAUCACGGUAUCUGUGCAUUCAAAUUGCCAUUGAUAAAAUGCUAUUUUGUUCGUUGUCCGUAGCUUAUGCCUGCCUAUACCAUAACCUCACUGCCACCAUGGGGCACUCUGUUCACAACAUUGACAUCAGCAAACCGCUCACCCACACAACGCCAUACACCUGGUCUGCGGUUGUGAGGACGGUUGGACGUACUGCUAAAUUCUCUGAAACAAUGUUGGAGGUGGCUUAUGGUAGAGAAAUUAACAUUCAAUUCUCUGGGAACAGCUCUGGUGGACAUUCCUGCAGUCACCAUGUCAAUUGCACACUCCCUCAAAACUUGAGACAUCUGUGGCAUUGUGUUGUGUGACAAAACUGCACAUUUUAGAGUGGCCUUUUUUUGCCCCAGCACAAGGUGCACCUGUGUAAUGAGCAUGCUGUUUAAUCAGCUUCUUGAUAUGCCACACCUGUCAGGUGGAUGGAUUAUCUUGGCAAAGGAGAAAUGCUCACUAACAGAGAUGUAAACACAUUUGUGCUCAACAUUGGAGAGAAAUAAGCUUUUUUGUGCAUAUGGAAUAUUUCUGGGAUCUUUUAUUUCAGCUCAUGAAACAUGGGACCAACACUUUACAUGUUGCGUUUAUAUUUUUGUUCAGUGUAAAUGGCUCAGUUAAAUAAUGAUUGUAAAUCAGCCAGACAGUCAAGCACAGAUCAAGAUAAAUUCAAGUGUUAGCCAGCUUCAAUUUAAAGACUUUAUAUCAGAUAUCAAAUUGGAUGUCCAGCAGCCAUACCACCCUGCAUCCCACUGCUGUCUUGGCUCUGAAGCUAAGCAGCGUUGGGCCUUGUCAAUCCUAGGACGGGAGACCCAAUGCUGUUGGAAGUAGUGUUGGAGAGCCCGCAGGCGGCACUCUUCACUAAAGAUCCCAUGGCACUUGUCGCAAGAGUAGGGGUGUUAACCCCGCUUUCAAUCCCAAUUCUAUGACCUUUCUCAUUUAAAUGUGUAUUCCUCCCCACACAAAUCCAAUUUAAAAUCAUUGUCUUGGUGUUUGACUAAAGUUUUGAAUGAUCUGUUAGAACAUUUGAUGUGCUGUAUAUUUAAUAUAUGCCUUGAAUUUAUUACAAUCUGGAGUUCUUAAUUGACCUUUCGCUAAGGCCCGCCCCCCUUGGUUACUGUUGCAACCUCGGACAACAUUUUCCCGGGAAGCCCAAUUCCCCAUUCAAGCACUGGUGAAAUCCCCUCGCAAUGAUCUCAAACUGUGUUUCUAAUACACAAUUAAAUUAAACGCAAACUAACCCUUGCUAAUCAGGAAACUCUUGGGUAUUAUGUGGUGGACUGUCAUUAAAAUUGCUUCACGGGAACUUGGUAAAAUUAUGUUUGUAGUGUAACUAGCCACUGAAUGGCUCUUAAUUCCCUGUCAGCAUGCAUUGAAAGCUAUAACCACUUUUGGAGCUAACUAGUGCUCUCAAAUCGUAUUCUGAUGCCGAUAGCAGAUGGGAGAUGUAUUCAUAACAUUGCUAACUUAGCUAGCUAACAUUUGGAGAAAACAAGUUAUAUUAAGUGGCUAGCUAGCGUAUCAACGUUUGGUGGUCAAUGAGACCAGCUAACCAGCUGAGCUAGCAAACAAUGUAACAAAUGUACAAUUUCGGAUUCGAAAAGUUCUCCAACAGGCUCUGCAUUUCAGGAAUCACUGUAGCAAGUACUCCUGGUGCACUGUUCAAUUAUUUAGCCAUUUAAACAUACAUGUUUUGAAGAAAAUGCCUUUUUUGCCAUAGCCCUCACUGGCUUUCAUGCGAUUCAAACGUGACCUUGUCCAAGGUGUCAGACUCGACGACAGUUGCUAUCCAUUAGAGCGCUGCGAUUGGUUGGCCAAAAUUCUGGGCCAGGGCUUGGUGAAGGGUAAAUUAAAGGCAUUCAAGAUACGUCUAUGAUUUUGUUCAUGCAACAUACAGUAUGUCCAUGUAAAUCCACGCAAAUGAGCAUCACAUCAGAGUUUUUACAAAAGUAUGUUUUAUUGCAAAAUGCAUAACUUGCAUUUCCUCUCUGCUUAACUCCCCUCUCUGAACAGGGAAGCCGGGACAACAUGAGUGUGGUGCUGGUGUGCUUCCCUGGUGCUCCCAAGAUCUCGCAAGAAGCUGUGAAGAGACAGGCAGAGCUGGAUAAGUACCUGCAGAGCAGGGUAGAAGGUGGAGCAUCUAAAAAGAAAUGAGUUAUGUUGCACGGUUCAAAAGAGCGAGACCCCUAUUGUUGUUGAGUAAACUUAUGGUAGUACUUAUUACUUGCCAAAACAGACACUAAAUGUAAAAGUACCCACAGAACCCCAAUUUUAAGUGCGAAGGCACUUGAGUGUCUUUAUAGGCACCAUACUUUUUAAUAUGGUUUAU